UCUCCCCUGGAACAUCGCCGCCUUCUCUUCUAGAAACCGAACUCUCUGAAAGCCAUUUUUUUUUUAUUCUUAUUAUUGAAAAUCACCAUCAAAGUUCUUGAGAAAUUCCAAAGCAAAGAAAAACGAAAAGAGAGAUGGGCGCAGCACAAGCGAUGAAGAGAAUCCCUCGCAUCAAAUUUCCUCAAAGACACCCCAAUCCUUCCGGUUCUGGAUUGCAGCCUCAAGCUGGAACAAAACCCGGUGAUGGUGAUCUAACUUUUUUCUCUAGCUCUAAGGCUCCUACAACUGUUGGAGGGAAAGCUUCUCUUCAGCCUAAAAGAACACCUGUUUCCAAUGAGGAAAUUGAGGCUAUUUUGUUGGGUGGCUGUUUCUGAUCAUCUGAUGGAGGUUCAACAAGGAAAGACAAUUUUCUCAUUUACAUGGAAACACAAUUACAUGGACUAUGGACUUUUAGUUUGCUCAUUUCUUUUUCAUGUCUGAAUAUUGAAACCUUAAUUUUCUAAUGAUAUUGGUGUGUGGUGAGGAAAACAGAGAAAGGGACAACACCAUUUUCAGUGAAUAAACACAUAGAAAAGUUAUUGAAUUGAAGCCUUUUCUAAUC